UUUCUGUGUAGAGUGCGGACAUUUACACGCGGGUUGAAGAUGUUUUUCCUCUGCAGAUCGUGCACGAGUGCAUGCCUUUAUAUCAGUAUUACACAACAGAGCAAGUAGGCAUCGGGUACCUGCGGAUAACACACGGAGACUGCCUGUAAGUACACGGCGAAAGUGUUAAUUUUGUGGUUUCCCCGUUUAAACGCGCGGUUAACCCUGUAUAGACCGAUCGCGACAUCCAAUCAAACAAAGGAAUGGUUUUAUUUUAAAAAUAGAUAUGUACUUACGAUUUUAGAGGAUUAUGAAUGACAGUCGCCAUUUUCCUGCACGACUGUAACGUAAUAUUCCAAAUCUCGGUGUAGUUUGGGACCCUAAUGAAAAAAACACACACACAACAGCCAAUGCGGUACUGGGCACUGUGCUCGCGACCAAUACAACACCAGCAGUAAGGCAGUGGGCGUGGCCUCAGAGUAAUCUGUCAACAUCAGUGUCCCAGCUCACAGAGAGUAGACUAGUAAUAAUGUCAUGGAAUAAAAUGCAUUUGCCUUUAUUUUAAUGGAGACGUCACAAUGUGAAAUAAGAAUAUCAUAAACCAUGAGCUCUGUCAUGAUGCUCUAUGUAGUUUUGGUUUUAUUUUAGGCAUUUUGACGGCUGUGUGGACAAUAAGUAUUUAUUUUUGUGAUUCAUUAGAAUUAGGUGUCAGUAAAAGAGUUUGUAGAGCACACGUGUUGUGUUAGUACUUUAGAGUAUUUAUCAUCAUAUACAAUAAAACAAAUCCCUAAAUGAUAAUACUUAUGUGUGACUGAAACGUUUACAAAGAAAACAACCAAUGAAUGCCUGCCACGUCAGGCACUAUUGUUAGCGACCAGCCAAUGACUGACAUUUGAAGGCGGGACAACAUGGCAGGAACUCAGCAGCUAGCUCAAGAGGUGCUAAAACCAACUGUAAAAUCAGUUUAAUAAGAAAAUAAAGCUUGUUUAUACUCAACAGAAAGCGUGUUUAUUAAUAUAUUAAAACCGUCUUUACAUUUACUCAUGUUUAAUGUCCAGCAUUACUUAUAAAAGUGUCGAGGAAGAUGUGUAGUUAACGUUAGCUCACAAAAUGCUAAUGACUACAACUUGCUAACUUGGCUAACAAGUAAACAUGCUGCUACACACGACUACAAGUAGAAGUUAACACGAAAGACGUGGCGUGAGGAUCCUCACUUGUUGAUUCAAGCACAAAGGGAUGAAGAAGUGGAACUGGCGAGAAGGGCAGCGACCGCACAGGCGACGAGGUGGAUGGUACAGAGGCAACCGACAAUGGUCAACACAGGACGAACAGUGCUCUGGACAUAAUGCACGGCCACCAUUAAGACCACCUCAGAGGAGAUUGGAAAACCAGUCCUCAUCCUCCUCAUCUUCCUCAUCAUCGUCCUCCUCCUCCUCUCAGACCAGCAGUGCUGCGCCAGAGCUGCCUGGUUUCUACUUUGACCCAGAGAAAAACCGUUACUUCCGCCUGCUGCCCGGACACAACAACUGUAACCCACUGACCAGAGAGCAGCUGCAGGAGAAAGAAAGAGAGAAACAGAGAAACAAGAUGCUUGCAGAGGAUGAAAAGCCCAGAAAAAAAGCACCAAGAACAGGACUGAACACUUUGCUGCUGCUGCAGAAAAGACACCUCGGCAUGUUACCUGAGAACUCCUAUUGCAGGCUGGUCCAUGAGGUGAAGGUCAGUGGAAUGAAACGCCACAAACUGGAGAUCCAGAGCACGGACAACAGCAACCCCAACACUGACAACUUCAGACUCAUAGUGGGGGACUCUGCAUGUGAGCGAGUGUUCACAGUCAAUGACGUCUCACACGGAGGCUGCAAGUACGGCAUCAUGAACUUCAGCAGCAGCAGCCGGGGAUCUUUGUCUGUGGAAAUGUGCGACAACCUCUACUUCACAAACCGCAAGGUGAAUUCCAUCUGCUGGGCCUCGGUCAACUACCCAGACUCCCACGCCCUGCUGUGUCUGGUCGGAGCAGCAGACACCCCCGGCUGCGUCAGUUUACUUCCUGCUUCCCUCUUCAGCAACUCCAACCCAGACCAGCCCGGGAUGCUGUGUAGCUUUAAGAUAUCCUCAGCCUGGUCUUGUGCUUGGUGCCUCAACCCCCAGUUUGACAAGACCUUCAGCACCGGCCUGUCUCGUAGGGUGAUAGUGAAAGAUGCAGAGACGGGCCGAACGCAGACGUACAGCACCGGCAGCGACGUCUUGGCUCAGCAGUUUGCCCAUCGGGUCCCUGUGCUGUUUAAUGGUUGCCGAUCAGGAGAGAUCUUCAGCCUCGACCUGCGUCAGCGAGGCCGCAGGGAUCAAAGCUGGAAGGCAAGUCGCUUCCAUCAAGAGUCGGCCAUCACCUCCGUACGCGUCCUCCAGGAUGAGAACUACCUGCUAGCUGCUGACAUGCUGGGCCAGAUUAAGCUGUGGGAUGUGCGAGUGACAAAGCCAGUACAGGAGUACAAAGGGCACCACAAUGAGCACGCCUACCUUCCCAUCCAAGUCAAUGAGCCUGAGGGGCUUUUGUUGGCAGUCGGUCAGGAUUGCUACACAAGGCUAUGGAGUCUACAAGAUGGCCAGCUACUGAGGACUAUCCCAUCCCCCCACCCAGCUGCAAACGACCUGAUCCCCAGCGUGGUCUUCUCCUCCAAGUUGGGCGGCUGCAGGGGGCUCCCUGGCCUCCUCAUGGCCGUCAAACACGACCUUUACUACUUCCCAUACAACACAGACUACCAGGAAGGAGGAGAGCAGCCGGGCCGGCUUUUAGGAAAGGACUGAGAAUUCUUCAUCUCGCUUAUCAUUUUCUUAAAACUCCAUGGGGGGUUGUUUUUGUUGCCAAAUUUAUGGAUGGAGUUAUAUUUCAUAGAGGGAUUUUAUAAAUGAAAGGGUUUGGCCAGUAUGACCUCAGAAGAGUAACAUUGAAGUCUCAGGGGAAUGUUGUUUGACCCACUUGUUUGUGCCAAAAGGAAAUAGAAGUGCCACAUACACAAGUGCACACAAUGACUAGUUAAGAUCUCUGUAAUCUUUACAAAAAAAGUGCUCUUACUUAUGACAUGAUUGACUUUGAUUUUUAAAGUGAUUUAGGAUGUUUCUGAUCCGAGUGAUAAUACUGUAAAUCAAAACAUUUUCUAAUUGCUGUUCAAUGACAAUUCUAUUUAAAAAAAAACAGUAAACACUGGUCUAUUGCAUUGUAUUUGCUCCUAAAUGACACACACAGGCUGAGUUUCUGCAGUUUAAUACAUACUGUAUGAGCAUACAUGAUCAUAAAAGUAUUGAUUUGUUCCUUGUGACAUUCGUUACAUCUCUUGAAAUAGGAACAAUGACAGUUCACUGAUUCAGGUUAGUGUUUCAGCUUAUUUGUUGCCAGAAAAAACAACCCAGGUUACCCAUCCCGACAGUCAGCGCUCACAAUGCCCAGGUGUUCAGUCAAAAGCGUCACUGCGUCAUCGUGUGCGUUUGUCAGAUAAAUGUGCAGUACAGUCUCAAACGUGGUGCUACGAUCUAACUAGCUACUCAGCCUGAGUUGGAAGAGUAACAGAUUACUCCUAGCUUUUGUUUCCCAGUUUGAGGGGCCAGCCUCAAAGAUGGCUUCAAGUCUUUUCUGUACCAUGAUGCUACUGUGAGCCAGCCACUCCUUAAAAGCCGUUCCUGUUGCAUUUCAUCCCAAUGCAGUCAGAUUUGUAGAUAUAUUUUUUUAGUAGUUUUAACAAUUUAAAAAACAAAUUGAGGCCAUUUAAAAAAUUCCCUAUAAACUUGUGUGUACGCAAAAUCUAAACAAUGUGGACAGCCUUACUAAGGCUGCUCUAUUAUCUGCCCAUUCAAAUGCACAAACAACCACAAAGUAUUGAGGGAUUAUGUAAGAAGUUAAUACGAUAAUGAUAUAAGUUGGAAUGUCUCUCGGUGCUACAGUACAUCAAAGGCUUCCGAUUGUUCUAAAUCCUCCUGAAGCUAAAAGGGCGGCAGAAAAGUUAAAGCUUCCAGGGCUGAAGGAAGGAAAACUGGAUCCAUUCUAACAAGGAUCAGAAACAAUCGUGAUAGAUCUCGUUGCAGGUUUUCCAUCGAUGAAUGCGACACCCAGGGCUCCUGCAGAAACAUUCUUAGAAUAAAAUGCUUACCUGGAAUCAGUCCUAUUAUUAAACAGUUCACACAUGUAGCCCCAGACUACAAAAGGUUCUAACAGUACUAGUGUGUCACACUGGGGAGGGAUUGUCAAAGGGGUUCAUGUGCAUCAAUACACAUUUUAAAAAGGAUCAAAAAGAGGUCAAAUGGAAAUUUACCUGAACUCAAAUUGUAAGCAAGCGGGUACAGUACUCCCUUUCAUAAGAUGCAAGUUCUUUUAUCUCACCUCCCUUCUUGAUAUUCAAGUCUCACUCUGACUGAUAUUCUUCACAGUGUAAAAU